ACAAGGGGCAGGAAACUACAAAAUUAAACAGGAAACAAAUCCAAACCGUAACAAUCAGGAUUUUGAGCCGCAAAAUUUAAAAUAACAAGUGAAAAAGCUCUGUAGCGAUAUACAACCCGAGUAAAGCGAAAAUGUUGUUGUUGUAUGGUUGAAAAAGGUGGGACUACAGGGUGGAUGGAUGGGUCUACACAUCGUUCUAAUUAGAAAUCACAACGGCGUUCCUCUAACCUUAAUCCAAACAUGAUUCAAUUAACCGUAACAAACACCAAUGUUGUCGCCCUACAAUAAUAGUACAUGGGGUCUAUUUCUCCCAAACUUUAUGUUCAACACAAAGCUACAGAGCCAAUGCUUCUACAGAUACUUAUCUCACUGUGGAAAUCUUUUGAACCUAAUUUAACACUAUAGUAGAGCAACUAAGGGAGCAUGUUUCCUAAGUAGGACAUUCAGCACAGUCAAAUCGGGUUGGCCAAUCAAACGCCGUCUGUCUCUGAAGAGAGGAGAAAGUAUUUAGAUUCUCUUCAUUCAACACAAGAAAUAGAACACAAUGACAUCUCCAAGGUUUGCCGUCUAUGUGACAUGGUUGUUCUUGUGGAAAAAGACUCAAGCAACUGAUCUGACUGUCCGUCAAGAAAGAGGUUUUGUGUCAGUCAAUGUUGGAGACAACAUUACUUUGCAAUGUUUCCAUCAGAAAAAUGAUAGUAUGUGGCUUUACUGGUAUAAACAAUUGUUAGGAGAACAACCAAAGAUGAUCUCCACCUUCUACGUGCACAACACAGAAGGCAAUUUUUAUCAUGAAUUUGAAAACAAUCCACGCUUUACACUGAAUACUGAAAAAGGUCAAAAUCACUUGACAAUUAUUGGUUUGAACUUUUCAGACUCAGCAUCUUACUACUGUGCAUAUAAGACUUCAUUUCUGUUGACCUUUGCCGAGGGCACUGUUGUCAGCGUGCAGGGUUCAUCUUUAAUCCAUCAGUCACCAUCAGAGACCAUCCAGCCAGGAGGCUCUGUGACUCUGAACUGUACAGUACAAACUGGGACCUGUGAUGGACAACACAGUGUUUACUGGUUCAAAGACUCUGAAGAAUCUCAUCCAGCACUCAUUUACACUGAUGGAGGCAGCACUGAUCAGUGUGAGAGGAAAGCCAACACACAAACACACACCUGUGACUACAACCUGCUGAUGGAGAGCCUGACUUCGACACAUGCUGGAACCUACUACUGUGCUGUUGCCUCGUGUGGACACAUUCUGUUUGGAAACGGGACCAAGCUGGAUAUUGAGGACAUGGGCCACCGUCUGUAUUUUUUAAGUGGAGCGUUGGUAUUCACCACCAUCCUGGUGGUACUACUGUUUUCUUUUGUCUACAAGCUGAAAAAGAAAACAAGCUGCCAAUGUUCAGAGUCUCGCGCAACCGUAUCAGGUCCCUCCACAGGAAACACAGAGGGUUACCAAAACGCACAGAGCACUCAUUAUGCUGCUUUAAAUCUCAAUCUGCCCAACGGAUCAAGGAGGCAGAAGAUGAACAUCGAUGUUGAAUGUGUGUACUCCAGCGUAAAGCAGUAGAUCGUAUUUUAAAUGUAAAGUAGAGUGUAUGAAUCUCUGUAUUAUUAGAUAUGAUGUAUACAUUUAGACCUCAAGAUUUACAACCGAUCCCAAUAGUUUGUACAGUGGCAGAAAAUGUUCUUUUGUAAUUAGGUGGUGCGUUUUUGCCCAGCAAUUUGGAAGAAUGUUUUGGAUGUAAAUUAUUGUCAUUUGUAAUCAAAUAUAGCCUAUAUAUGAUGCUUUCAUUUGGGGACAAUGUAUUAUGUGCAUGUGCUUUGAUCUACUGUAGAAAUUCCCUUCGUUUAAGUUGUAAAAAAAAUAUUUUGUAGAGUAAAAUGUAACAAGAAGAGUUAUUUUUAACCACGUCUGUCGAUGUUGGAGACCAAAUUACUUUGCAAUGUUUCUAUCAGAAAAACGAUGGAGCAUGGCUUCACUGGUAUAAACAAAUAAAAACCCAA